AAUCUGUGCUCCAAAGCCUUCGAACUGACGGACUUGUGUCCCGAAGUCGAACUCUUGAAGUUGUCACCGAGUUGGCUAAUAAGAAAGACGCUACGUUGUCUUUUUAUUUCCGUCACUUCUUCUACCACCGUUUCCACAGUAAUCUCAUCGAAGGCUCAGGUCGCCUACUCGACAAAAUUAAUGAUACUACUGCUGCCCAACAACAACUACAAACUACAAACGAACUCGACGGCGAUGGCCCAGAAAUUGCAAUCGCCGCGGCCAAAGCAUUCCAUCCGACUGAAAAAUUCGAUUUGGAAAUGAAUGUGGACGACGAUGAAAUUCUGAAAGUAUUUGAUAUACAAGAACAAGAGCAAAUUGUGAUGAAAAAAAUCCGACAUUUGGAGAAUUCUGACUUACAUUUCGAGCGAAUUCAUGUGAAUUUGGCGAAAAAAGAGCGAUUUUUUGACGACGUUCAGAGCUCGGAAAAUGACUCAAGCGACGAAAAACUCGCCGAAAUUUGCGAUUUUUUGAGCCAAAAUUGCCGGGAAAUCUCGAAUGCUGCGAAGCCUCCUCGAGCAACACUUGACGAAUGGAUUCAGACUGGAAAAUUCGAAAUACAACGUCGUCGAGAGAUCCGGGCGGUUUGCCACGUCAUCAAGGCCAUCGGUCAGAUGGGAAUUACACUUGGCGAGCUGUGUGGAAAAUUGAAAAUUGCCAUAGAGCAAAUUGCCGGAAUUUUGGCCGAUUUGAGCGGAGACAAGAAAUGGUGUCCGAGACCUUGGAUUGCGCCGGAAGGUUGCAUCUCCCUGCCGGUAGUUCGUUGGAUGGCUGAAAGUGUUCUGGUUUUAAUUGUUUCAAAGCUUGGAAUUCAACUGAAAGACGUCAUCACAACAUACGAAUUCGCUGUUCAACCGAUUGCUAUUCGAGAAAUUAUUUCCCUGCUGGAAAUGCUCGAUUGCAUUGAAUUUAUCACUGAAGAAUUCAAAUCUCCAAAAAUGACGUCUCCAUUCUCAUCGCCAUCUACCCGACAAUCAAUCACUUAUAUUCAAGCGAAAAUCGACGGAAUUGACAAAUUUUCGCGAAUUUUCCAUUCGAUUCCACUUUUGAGCACAAUGUCAUCGAAACCACUCUCUUAAAACUGCAAAUUUCUGGAUUUUCGACCUUAAAAUUUUUAAAAAUUCCCAAAAAAUCAAAUUUCUGUCAAAAUUUCAAGAUUUUCCACCCAAAAAAGCUCUGAAAAUGCAAUUUUUUCAGGCAAAAGUUGCCGAAAAAACCAGAUUUACUCUUAAAAGGACACACAAUAUAAAAAUUUCGAAUUUUUUCAAAAAAAAAAAUUAAAUUCAUAUUUUUGGAAAUUUUUAUUUGAAAAAUUCGAAUUUUUUGGAAAAAAAUCGGAAAAUUUCAAAUAUUCAAUUUUUUUGGGAAAAAAUUCCGAAAAUUCCAAUUUUUAAUUAAAAAAAACCGAUUUUUCAACAUUUUAACUGCAUUUUAGGACACUUUUCACAAUAAAAAUGAUAAAAUUUUCAAAAAAAAAAAGGAUUUUGUAGUGUAUUCCGAAAUAAAUCACAU